UACUAUUUCCGGUAAUCAAGGGACAUAACCUAUAGAACAACCUGAUCUCAAAUUUCCAAAAAUUCCAUCCAUCGAAAUAUUAUUGAUUAUUUAAAGAAACGUUAAUACGCCGUUAUAUCACACAAGAAAAACAGUUUUCAAGUAGAAAGACAAAAGAACGUUAUUGUUGAACAGUCAAUGACAGAACUUGAUAGAGAAGCAAACUGUGAAUAUAAACAAUGGCUGACAAUGCUGGUGGUGCAAAUAUACCGGAGGAGCGUGCAGCAAUGCUACCAGAUGACAAAGCUAAAAAGGAUAAAAAAGAAGGAGGAGGAGGAAAGUACAUGAAAAAGACCACUCUGACCAUUCUGCUCGGGAUUCUGAAUGUCUUUUUGCUGGCCAUCUUGAUUUUCAUCAUUGCCUUUUUUGUAAAGGAUAAAUCCCAGAGAGUAAUUAUCAACCCUUCCAAGACAUUUUGUCUGCCUUGUGAUGAGAUUUCCAUCCAUCCUGAUGAUGAUCCAAUUAAUUUCAGACAAUUUUCUAAGAGAAAAGAAAAUGGAAAGGAGAUUUGUUGUGCAGAUGAGGGUCAAAACUUGGAUAAAUUAAUGGAAUUGUAUGUUGAAAGGAAACAUGCUAUGAAAGCAUCAGCAAUGAACACCCAGGAACUUCAGGCAGCAUGUGACAGUAAGGUGGAUGACUUUGAACCGAGAGUUAUGGCGAGGGUUGCUGGUAUAUCUGGUACAAGACCAAAUGGUGUCAACCAUAUUGUUGACUGGAAGACAACUGGUAAUGAAAGAGGUCUCUUCUUCAAAGAAAAUGUCACCUAUGAUGUCGCAAAGGAUGAGUUUGUCAUCAACAAACCAGGAUAUUAUUAUGUCUACUCCCAGGUCACACUGGAUUUCAGUGCUGCCACACAAGAUAAGACCAAAAGUCUUUGCCACUACCUGUACAAAACUCCUCCAAGAGGACAACCAGAUAAAUUAUUGGAAAACAGUCGCACUCGUUGUAAAUUCCAGGGUACCAGCACACAAUCAACAAGUUAUAUUGGAGCAGUCUUUAAUUUCAACAAGGAUGACAGAUUGAUGGUGAAAGUCAGUGACCCAAAUAUUCUUGAUGGAGCAGACUCAAAGAGUUAUUUUGGACUUCAUAUCAUUUAAACAUUUAUUUAAUUUCAAGAGGGGGGUUUUCAUCAAUUAUAUAUAAAAAAUAUGGAUUGACAAUCUUAGAGUUUCAUGCUUUUAAAAUUUUCAUUGUUUUUGGGAGAAGUAAGAACAUUUUUUCAUUAUUGUAAAGUUCUAAUUGACAAAAAUUGAGAUCAAUCACUGAAACAUAUUUUAAGUUGAGAAAGUUGUGACAAGUGAAUUACUUUGAACAUAAGAAUUUAAAGGACUGUUUUUAUCACUUCAGUAAUAAUCAGUGCCAUAUUUAGAUUUUGUGUUUGUGUUGAUUAGAGUUUUCUUUUUUCAAUAGUUUUGGUUGUAACAUUCCUUAUAACAUUUUUUAUGAUCAGAAGGUAUAUUUCCUGUUUAAAUAAAUCUGUUUCAACUUUUCUCAUCAUUUAUUUGAUUCCUGACAACAUGAAAUAUGGGAAGAAAAAGUAUGAUAAUUGAAAAUCCCAUUUCUUUUUAAAUCGGAUUUUUGUGAACAUCCUCUUUGGGAAAUAAUUAUUUCUAUAAUUUAUUAUACAUUUUUCAUUUUUUUUACUGCGUCCAUCUACAUCCAAUAUAUUUUUAUGGAGCCCUCAAACCCCACUUUUAUUUUUAAUCCAAGGCCUGCUACUGCAAAUUACCUUACUAAAAUAUAAUUUGUCUAAUUUUGUUCUGAGCUAAAAGAGAGGCGAAAGAUACCAAAGAUACCAUAAAACUACACAACACUAUUGAUACCAUAAAACUACACAACACUAUUGAAUACACUUAAUGAUUGUGCAACUCCAAGCAAGAUCGCAUCAGUUGUUACUGUAUUUAAACAGGAAAUACAAACAAAAUGUGUGACAUUGUAUAUAUUUAAUGCCCUACUAACUUGUUUUGCUUUGAUUGUUAAUGUACUAGCAUACAAUAAAUAGCUUUAUGUAACUUUUAUUAUCAUAUUUACUUAUUGUACUCAAUAUAAUUUAGGUUACACCUAUUAACUUAUAUUUUUUUUAAAUGAUACCAUUUUCGAUUUAAGACAGCUCAAGAUAUGUGCUGAGAAAAUAAAAAAUUAUUUUUUUUUUAGUUUUCACACCAUAGUGCUAGCAGAUUUCUUUUCGAUACAAACACCAUUUAUUGUGUUAGUGAAAAAAAAGUCAAGAAAAAAUAUGCAAUCACACUCGUAUUGUUGUUCCUUUAAUGUUUUAACACAACUGUAUUAAAACUCAAAUAAUAAACUAAAUUGAGAUGUUGUGUAUACAUUGGAAAGAGAGAGUAUAUAACCCAUUAUUUUUUAAAUGAUUUCUUACCAAUUUCUACCAUAUUGGUGAAGGACAUGCUGCACAACUUGUAAUUUGUUGAUUUUAUAGUUUUAUAGAGAAUUAAUCACCCAAAAAAAUGUUUGUAUGUUGUUAUAUAUUUUAAACUAUGUAUAUCAUUUUUUCUUUAUUGUUGGUUAGCAAAGCAUUCCUAACUUCUAAGGGCAGUUUAUACUACCUCUAAAAAAAUUAAAAUUAAAUAAAAUGAACAAAAUAACAUGCAUAGACAUGGGGAUUAAUAAGUUUUUAUAUACCUUAACAUUAAUGAUGAUGUCCUGCCUUUAAUUGAAUUUGAUAUUCAGUUGCUAAGAAAUAAAA